AUGGCUGGAGUAGCUUGGCAUUAUGUGCUGAAGUUCAUCAUCACUGGCGAUGCAUCUGUGGGAAAGUCGUCUUUGCUCGUCCGGCUAACCGAUCAACGGUUCCUCGCAAACCCGGAUCCGACACUAGGUGUGGAAUUUGGAUCGAAACUCAUUACCAUUCCUGAGGAAAACAAGGUCGUGAAACUGCAGUGCUGGGACACCGCGGGAACUGAAUCCUUCCGCUCGAUCACGCGCUCCUACUACCGCGGCGCCGCGGGCUGUCUCCUCGUCUACGAUGUCACCAGCAGGCAAAGCUUUGCGAACAUCCGUUCGUGGCUCGCGGACGUGCGCGAGCACGCAGACCCGCAUUUGACCUGCAUCCUGGUCGCGAACAAGAUCGACCUCUGUACUGAAGACCCGGCUGCGCCCGGCGUCGCACCCAAGCGUGCUCGCAUGGUGAGCGCAGAGGAAGGCGAGCUGUUCGCGAAGGAGGAGGGGCUCUUGUUCGUCGAGGCGUCCGCCAAGUCCGGAGAGAACGUCGAGACCGCGUUCGAGACCGCGACCCGCGAUAUCCUCGACAAGGUCCGCCGCGGGGUGUUUGACGACGACAGGUCGCCGGGCGUCAAGCUGUCCAAGCCAUCGGCAGGCGUUGGCAUCGACGAGCCUGAGAACUCGGGCUGCUGCUAG